AUGGCUGUGCCGCGCUUGCUCUCAAAAGCAGGUGCGCUCGGUGAACACAUCGACAGCGUCUUUGGCAAGAUCCGAUCAGGCGGCAGCAUCAUCGCGGAACCGACUUUCGCCAAUCUCACCAACGCGACCGCAGCGACAACAUCGGGGAAAUUCGUUCAGGAGUCUGUCGCGGCCGCUGCAAACGCUGGUCUGGCACUCCAGGACGACAUGAACAUCUUCCAGGCGCUCAAGAACGUUGGGUCGUUCUUCAGCUACAUCACUUCUAAAUGGGCUAUAGCCACUUUCUCUAUUGCCAUCCUACUUAAUCGUACAUACUUCUACGCCUCGAGCCGAGUGCCCCUCUCGUUCGAUCGCCUCCACCUGCGCCUCGCCCUAUACCUUCUCCCAUUGCUCCUUUUCGUGUACAGGAUACAGAGUGUGCUCCAGGCUAUCCGCUGCCAGACAAAUCCGAAUUGGACAAGCAUGCAAUAUGGUCCUACUGGGCGGCAAUUGGACACCGAUUUUGCCGGCGACGGUGGCUUUCUAUGGCGUGCAAGUUCAGCAUUACUCUUCUGGGAAGACGUGGAAAGUUCUUGCAAGGCAGUCAAGAUGUUUCCGAUCGCACCAGAUAGUACACGGCCGGCUGGAUCCCUAGCGCUGCUAUGGCCCUUAUUCAUCUCGCUCGGGUUUGGUCAAUUUGUUGAGACGUUGUCGUGUGCCCUUCAAGGACGUCACCCCGUCCCGGAGGUGGGCAUGACCAUCUUCGAGCAUUCGUUAGCCUUCGCAGAGGCCGAGGCAGUUGUCUCCCGACCUUUCACCCUGGACUCAACCCAAUUUUUCAAGCCGCAAAAGCUCCUCACUCCUGAUUCUACGGAACUUACACUCACCCGGGCGACAAUUUCUUCAUUUGCAAAUGUACCCCCUGAGGUCUUGUUAAUAUCAUUGAUUUCCAGUGUCAGCCAUUUCUCAAGCAACUUUCUCGCCAUCAUUGGAUACCGCGCUCGAUUCCGACUUGUGACUACUGCUAUAUGGGGAGCCGCCUAUAUGGCCACCUUUGCCUGGAGUGUCAUACGAUUUGCAACGAAUGACUUCGAUUCCGGCCGGCACGUAGGCAUCUUGAGAUUCCCCACCGUUUGCAUGGUUGGUUUCAUACCUCACCUCGUUAUCAUUGCGGGAAUUUUAUGUUGUGGCGUAAUCUACUUGCUUGCUCUGGGUAUUACCGUCCUGAAUCCUCCGCCCGGGCAACCUAAUGCAACAUGGCGCGAGCGGUUUGUGACCGCCUAUGGAAACCUCCAUGCUAACAUACACUUAUCUGCAAUCACUCCAUUAAGCGUUAGCUGGAACGAGGACUUUUACACUGCCGUGCUCAAGGUUGGGCUCACUGUUCUGACUGCAGCAAGCGAGGCGGUCUUUCUCAAUGAGGCAAUGCGUGUCAAUGUGCACUCAUCAACCUGGUUGGAACGGAAGAGAUAUCAUGAAACGGCCGCUCGCCGUAGACAAGUUGGCCAGAAGUCGAAUAAUGCAGUUGGGGUGGAUGCUCAAGCAGAUACAGGAUACGCACGAGAAAGGAAGACUAGGGACGCUGAUGCGUCGUCGCCUGAUGCAAUGGAAGCUCUGGGACAGCAGGAUCACGGCGUCGGACUGCAACACCGACAAGGACGAUGGACGCUAACUCUUAGAUUCCUCAGGGGCAUCCUGGCGCUCUUGUUGUUUGUGCAGGCUAGAUUGCUAGUAGCCAUCAUGCAGAAGCUGCACAUCACCUGGCGUCCUCAGUGGCUGGUUCGUCUUUCCCAACAGCGGUUGAACGAGGAAGCCAAACGUCGGCAAGGCGUUCCGCCAUCAGAGCGAGAGCCAUGGCUCGUUGUGGACGACAUCACCGGACGUAAGUCUCGGAGACGAGCAGACAUUUCUUUCGAUGUGGAAGCUGUCACACGGGAAAGAUUGCAGAGUACCGGUGCCUACGACGAGCGGGGCCCUUCCGACUCUGAAGCGCACAUAUCCAACUAUCUCUACGAUUGGUGGAGAGGAGGCGGGAAAUGGGGCGAUCUCGACACGAGUGGUGAUUACGUUCCAUCCUCUGCUGAUGAUGAUGACACAACAAGCAUUAUGUCCUUUUCCACGACAUCGGAUGCCGAGGAUUGGUCGGAUACGGACGAUGAAGGGCAACGAACGCCGACACAAACAUCGUUUGGGGAUAGCCGAGAGUCUACGCCUAUGCAAGCCGAUACGCUGGAUAUAUCGCGUCUCUCACGCCUGCUGGACCCACAAUCGAAAGACGACAGGGAAGAGGCUAAGAUGCUGGGACGCCAUUUACAAAGCUCAGGUGUGAUGACGCGUUCACAGUACCGUCGAAUUCUUCAGAGGAAUGAUAUCAAGCUCUUAGCUUCCACUCGCCACCGUACCCCCGGCGCAGCUUCAAUGUCACCUGACGAGGAAGAGCAGAUCUUGGAAGAGUUCAUGCUCGACAGACGGGACGCAGCGGCCAAGAGUAAUGCUGGCUCAUGGGACAGCGGCGCUGAAGGCAUGGGUAGCGAAGGUCCCCAGUGUGUGUAG